GUGGGAAAGUAGGGUUUAAAUUUCCCAGGCGGUGGAUUUGCAUCCCUGGGACUCAAAAGCGUUUCUUGUGGCAAGAAGUAGAAAGAAGAUCGAUACGUCUCCACCACCUGCGGGCUGGAAAUGCUCUUCAGGGUGGUGAUCUCCAAAGGACCCCCUUCAAUCUGUGGGAUUUACAGACACGGCUGGUUCAGGCCAUCGGGGCCAGGAAGAGGAGAUGGCUUUUGAGCAGGGACGUGCGGUGCCUCUGGGUCUCUUACAGGAGGUGGGAGUUCAACAGGGAGUGAAAACAGAGCAGCCAGAUUGUGUCCCGUUUGAAUCACAGGCUGGAAAAGGCCCUCCCGUUUUGCUCACGGGCAGCACCAAGGAAUUCUCGGAGAGAACCAGGGUUGGCUAUCAGAAGGGGCUGCAACAGCCGUGGGAAGCCCAGUUGCAGGCUUUCUGGAAGGCAAUGGAGUCUUCCCAGCAAAGUCCAUGGGCAUUAAAAGAGGAGGCCUUGUGCCCGCCAGAGGUGGCAUCAAACUUCAGGAAGCAUCUGGCAAGUGAGAAGAUGAGCCAUCCGGGCCCCAGCAGAGAAGACCAGUUGACGGUUAACAGUAUCUCAGUGAAAGAUCAAGGGGAGUGUGGGAAAGUGAAGGAAGAGGUCCAGCAGAUGGAAAAAGCAGCUUCGGGCACUGAUCUGGAGCGCCAACACUUCCGCCAGCUUGGCUACCAGGAGGCCGAGGGGCCCCGAGAGGUGUGCAGCCGGCUCUGGGAGCUCUGCCACCAGUGGCUGAAGCCGGAGAGACGCACCAAGGAGCAGAUCCUGGAGCUGGUGACCCUGGAACAGUUCCUGGCCAUCCUGCCGCCAGAAAUGCAGACCUGGGUCAGGCGAGGGAGGCCAGAGAGCUGCCCCCAAGCCGUGGCCCUGGCAGAGGAUUUCCUGCUGAGGCAGCCACCCAGAGAAGAGGAGGAGCAGGUGGGAUUCCCCGAAGGCUGUGCUGCUUCCCCUGAACUGAGCGGUGGUCCCUCCAGUGAAUGGCAAAAGCCUCUCUUCGUGGAGAUCAAACAAGAGGAGGACAAGGAGCCACACUUGCUAAAAGAUGGGAAAGAGCAAAGCGAAUUGGAAAAGGAUAAGAACUUUGAAGCCCUCUGGGCAUUGCCCAGAAGAGCUGAACCAAAGGUCUCCAGCUGGCCGAAGCAAGAUGGUGCCACUGUAAGCCCAACAGAAGCUUAUCCUGAAAAAGAUCAGAACAAAUUCAUUAAUUCCCAGGGACGGUACAUUGAACUGGACCGCAGUAUGGCUCCGCUAGCCAUCUCUUCCGGCGAGAGCCAGAAGCCCGUAAGCGAGGGUGAGAAGUCCUGUGCUCGUUGCAGCAAGGACUUGCCACUCAAGUACAAUGUGCAGGCUCAUGAGAGAACUCAGAUGGGCGAGAAGCCACACAAGUGCUCUGUGUGUGGGAAGGGCUUCAGCACCAGGGCAUAUUUGAUCACCCACGAGAGGAUCCACACGGGCGAGAAGCCCUACCAGUGUUCUGACUGCGGGAAGAGUUUCUGCGACAACUCCAAUCUCACCGUCCACAAAAGGACUCACACGGGGGAGCGGCCGUACAAGUGCACUGAUUGCGGAAAGAGCUUCCGGGAACGGCCAGUCCUCAUUCGGCACCAGCGGAUCCACACGGGGGAGAAACCCUACAGAUGCCGAGACUGUGGAAAAGGUUUCAGCCAGAGCUCAGGGCUCUUGGUGCACGAACGUACGCAUACCCAAGAGAGGCCGUACACCUGCACCGAUUGUGGGAAGAGCUUUGGAGGCAACUCAAACUUGAGGGUGCACAUGAGGAUCCACACGGGGGAGAAACCGUACCGGUGUUCCGAUUGUGGGAAAACAUUUGGGGAUAGAUCGCUUCUCGUCAGGCACCAGAGCAGCCACCAAGAGGAGAAAUACGGGGGCAGUGCUGCCACCACCGAGCGAGAGCACUCAGCCAGUCCACGUAGCCGGGGAGAGAAAAUGGCCGCAGAGCUCAGGGAGACAUCAGCCCCAGGACCCUUGAAGGCCGAGCAACGGAAGGGGACAGAGAUGGGAGAACGCAUCUUGGCAGGAACCAAGAAGGGGAAGGGAGGGGGCCCGGGCUCCCGCCUGAUUCCCACAGGGAGCAUCCAGGAUUUCUGGGAGAGGCCUGUUCCCGAGAAAGCAACCCCGGAGCCCCGCAGGAGCCUGCAACAACGGUGGGAGUCUCAGCUGCAGGAAUUCUUGAAGGUCCUGGAAGACCCCUCCCUAGAAGGGGGCAGCCCACAGCCCCGGCCGCCUCUGCCCAGAAGCAGCCCUCGCCCGUCCCUGACCUCCUUCCGAGGGCGAGCCAACUGCACCCAGCAGCCUCGAGCCGAGAGAGGGGCCCAGCUCGCAAUCAGCCUGGGCGGGGAAGCCCACCUGAUGGAGCCCCCAAAGCGGCUUCACAGUCAGAAAGCUGCCAGUCUCCCCCUGGGCCAGCAGGCCGUUGCCUUGAACGAUGAGCGCUGCCUCUUCCGGCAGUUCGGCUACCAGGAAGCCGAGGGGCCUCGGGAAGCCUGCCGCCACCUCCGGAGGCUCUGCCACCAGUGGCUGAAGCCGGAGCGACACACCAAGGAGCAGAUCCUGGAGCUGGUGGUCCUGGAGCAGUUCCUGGCCAUCCUGCCCCCCGAGAUGCAGGGCUGGGUCCGGGAGUGUCGCCCUCAGACGUGUGCCCAGGCUGUCAUCCUGGCGGAAGAUUUCCUGCUGCGGCAGCAAGAGAGCAAAGCCCAGGAAGAGCAGGCCAUCAGCCUCUUUGAGAAGGACCAUUUGACUGAGAAGGCCCCCCUGGAGAGCUGGCAGAGACCCCUCCUUAGAGAGACGAAGCGGGAGAGUGACAGACACGCGGUGCUGUUGGCAGACGAGAAAUUAUGUGGGGCAGAGAACGAGGAUCGAGAGUCACGUUGGACGUGGUCUGGAAGAAGUGAGCCCAGCGUCGCCUGCUCUCCCGGUCUGGGGGAAGCUUCUGAAACCUUGUACUGGAACAGCCUGGAGAAGGCAGAGGGCAAAUUCAUCAACUCCCAGGGAACGUACGAGGACUUGGAUGAGAGUGUCCUGCAGCCGGGUCUCUUUCCCAGCGAGCGAGACAACGCCUGCCUCAUCUGCAGGAAGGCCUUCCGGCGGCGUUCCAACCUAAUUGCCCACGAGCGGACCCACUCAGGCGAGCGGUGGUACAACUGCUCGGAGUGCGGGAAGAGCUUCGUCAGCCGGGCCGCCUUCCUUAUCCACCAGCGGGUCCACACGGGGGAGAAGCCGUACAAGUGCUCUUACUGCGGGAAGGGCUUCAACACGGGUUCGAGCCUCACCCGUCACAAGCGUAUUCACACGGGGGAGAAACCCUACAAGUGCCUGGAUUGCGGGAAGCGUUUCAAUGACUACUCCAACUUCAUUGUCCACAAGCGGAUUCACACGGGCGAGAAGCCCUAUGAGUGCUCCGUCUGCGGGAAAAGGUUCAGUGAUAACUCUAACUUUAUCAAGCACCACCACUGAGAGGUCGCAUGGUGUGCUGGUAGUGUUUUUGUCUUGUUUUUUGUUUUGCAAUUGAUGAGAAACACUAGAUAAACACCUUUAAGGCAGCAGAGACAUAUUGUCAGCCUUCCAGGUAGACCAGACAGGAAACAUGACCAGAUAAGCUAAUUCUACUUUAUU